CAAUGAUGAAGACCUUGCUGCACAAAGACCGAGCGCGUCCGUAGUGACACCGGCUCUUACAGACGACUCUUUCGACCUCAGCGAUGUCUUUCCUCAGGAGCAAUCCUUGGACAGUCACAAAUUCUUGUUGGCAGAAACGCCGGGUCAAUGCUUAUCCCAUCACAUAUGCUAACGUGCUCUUUCCUGACAAUUUGGCAGCAUCGAAUGUAGCAGACGCAUCUACCAUCAGGGACGCAACAAUGAACACCUCCACCACACCUUGUUCAUGUCUCUCGCUGGCGUAUUUGGCCACAUCGCAACUCCAGUGUUCUGUUGCAGGCAAUGACCUACCUACAGCAAUGGCAGAUCUCAAAGCUGCACUUGCGUCGGCGAAUGCAAUCCUGAAGUGCCUACAAUGCCCAAAGCAGAUGGUUACGGCCAUGCAAAACCUCCUCCAGGUUGGCAGUCUUUUGCUAACUCUUGUGGGCCGCAUGCAAACUUUGCUUGCCCAAGUCGAUGCUGGAGUCGACAUCAAUGUUGGAACACUGCAGGACCCUUCCGUCGUCAUGAACGAACAUCAAUUCCGACUCUUCUUCCGUAAGACCUUGAAAGAGACGAUUCUGGGCUCGCAUAUAGAUACAGGCGACUCGACGCUUCUUGGCGUUAUGCAUCAAUUCGAAGAGAGACAGCAAGACUGGCAUGCAGAUCCACAAAUGUACGAACGCCAGGCGAAACUCUUUGGAAAACGGACAGCAACAAAUUUUGCCCACGAAUGUCAAUCCAGGGUCUGCGGAAGGCUGAUUGAGUUGCUCAAGGCAUCCAUCUCGUCCUUGGAGUUGUGAGACGAAGCUGAGUUGCCCCACGAAUCGAGCCGAUCCGAACAUCGCACAACUACGGAAACUUUCGUCACCAUGCCAAGUGCACCCCGUGGAUCCCGAGUUUCGUGUUUACCCUCGACAAUGUUCAAAAGCCGCUGAUCCCAUAUCCGCUGCUUGGUUAGUUCCGUUUUCCACGUAAAGCGUUCACUUGUAGCACGGAUACAGCCUUGCCGGCAACCGGAGAGGCUCUUGCUUGGUAACAUGG